AUGGCUACUCGGAUGGCUUCCGCUGCCCACUCCGGUGUGUCUAAAUCUCGCCAGGCGCCAGCUGCUGCCUCUGGCUCCGGUGGGAGAAAUCCUGACCGGAACAAUGGCGACCGGCGCAGCCCCGGAGAGGGCAAGGUGAAGAAGGCAAAGAAGAAGGGCCAGUGGUGUGUGUUCUGUCGACGCUGGGGUCACGAAGCGGCGACAUGUCGCGUUGGUACGCGCGUCUUGGCCGCCCUGAUUGCGGCUUCCCAGAACCAGGGACCUCCUCCCCCUUCUCCUCCCCGUCCUCGUGUCCGGCAGAAUCGUCCUCGGAUGGAGGGCCCAAACAGCCGGGAGCGUCGCGAAGAGCGACGGAGGCAGCAGCGCCUGCAGCAAAUGCAGGAGCAGCUUCAGCAGCUCCAAAUACAAGCCCAGGAGGAUGAGCGGGAGCAACGAGUCGAUGCGCCUCAGGGCGAAGAGAAGGACACUACUCGUGAAGCCGAUCACCAAAGUGUCCUCAUCCUGGUGGCCGCACUGGAUAGUGCCCUCAUUUAUGCCCACAAGUUAUGUGGCGACUCGCUGUCAACACUGAACAAGUGUCCUCGUGCGGCUGGUGCUGAAGAUGUUCCCACGACACAAUGCCUGAAAUCCUACUGA